AUGAAGUUCAGCACCUUCCUCGUUGCCGCUCUUGCCGUCGUUGGUGUCGUCGCCGCCGCCGCCCAACCUGCUGCUGCCGGCAAUCUGCCGGCCGUCAAAUCCGCCGCCGAAGCGCUCCAGAAGCUUGAAGCGUCCGAGUUGCCCGAUGGUGUCACGCUCAUGGGCACUAGUGAGAAGAUCGACCCGCCUGCGGGUGCCGCCGCCGCGAUCGCCGCCAAGGAAGCUGACAACAAGCACGAUGGUGACGCCGACAAGAAGGAGCAGUACGGCGGCUGGGGUCUGGGUCUUGGCGCUGGCUGGGGCCUCUGGG